CCCCACAAUUUCAGCACAUACGAUGCACGCCCUUUCUUCCAAACUCCUCUCAUUUUCAACAUUUUUCUUUUCAGCUAUAGCCUAUAGCUAAGUUUACCAGGAACAACCAAUUGGAAUCUACUUGAAUCUUCAGGCUCUGAUUCUGCUUCAGCUGCGAUGGGGGAUCAUGAACAUCACAAGGAAGAGGAGGAGGAGGAGUCUCUCAUGGAAAAAAUCGCCGACAAAAUUCAUAAUCGCGAUUCGUCUUCGGCGUCCUCUGAUUCCGGCGACGCCAAGAAGAAGACGAAGUCGUUGAAAGAUAAGGUCUACCGCCUCUUCGGCCGGGAGAAGCCUGUUCACAAAGUCCUUGGCGGCGGCCAACCUGCUGAUGUUUUCCUAUGGAGGGACAAGAAGGUUUCAGCUGGAGUGCUUGGUGGAGCUACUGCUUCUUAUGUCUUGUUUGAUGUCCUCGAGUACCAUUUUCUCACGUUGCUCUGUCACGGAUUGAUGCUUGGUCUCGUGGGUCUCUUCUUGUGGUCGAGCGCGAACACCUUCAUAAAGAAAUCUGCACCGCAUAUUCCUCAGGUGAUUAUCCCAGCGGAGCCUGUAAUGAAGUGUGCCUCUGCACUGCGGAUUGAAAUCAAUCGAGGCUUUGCAGUUCUGAGGGACAUUGCAUCUGGAAAGGAUUUGAAGAAGUUCCUAUCGGUAAUUGCUGGCUUGUGGGUUCUGUCCUUGGUGGGUGAUUGCUGCGACUUCUUGACACUUCUUUACACAAUUACUGUAACAGCAUUCAGCGUGCCUAUCUUGUACGAGAAGUACGAGGACAAGGUGGACUUUUAUGGUGAGAAGGCGUUGGCUGAGCUCAAGAAACAGUAUGCAUUAUUUGAUGCUAAAGUCUUGAGCAAGAUUCCGAGGGCGCUGAAAGAUAAGAAGAAAGACUGAAGAAGAUUUCUGAAGUAGGUUUGUCUAUAAGAAGUUUUUCCUCAAAUCAUCAGUUAAUGGAUAAUUGGGUAUGGAUUAUCAUAUAUCUAAUCCUAUGUUGAUAUGAUUACGCUGAAUACAUGGUUAUAGCUUGACUUCAUCUUUGUAAAUUGUGAUGUUUGUUUUUUUCUUGAUGUCUGGAAGAAGCGGUAGUUAUUUCUGUU